AUGAGAGUUCUCCCCCCGUUUUGGGACGGACGGUGUGUUGCGUAUCUCAUUGCUCCUACAAGAAGAGCUUUCGCGUCCAGACGCACAGCAGUGAUUGAUUGCCAGGAUGAAGCAGACGUCCAGGUAGCCAGAGAGUGGCUGUCUAAGCUGACUGCGAAGACUAUCCCACGGAGCAUAUGUGAGAUCUCGUUCAGCCGGUCUAGUGGCCCUGGAGGGCAGAAUGUGAACAAGGUGAACUCGAAAGCGACGCUUCGUGUCUCGCUCGACUCGCUGCUUCCCCUGCUGCCCCGGAUCGUCCACCCGCAAAUACGUUUAUCACGGUAUGCGGCCGAGCGGAGCCAGUCGCUGGUGAUCCAGUCGGACGAGUCGCGGAAGCAGGCGACCAAUGUGGAAUCGUGCUAUGAGAAGCUGUACCAGCUGGUGGAGAGCUCUGUGAAGAAUGCCAUUCCGGGGGAGACCAGCCAGGAGCAGAGAGACCAUGUGCACAAGUUGUAUGUUGAUGCUGCUGUUGAUGCUGCUGUUGAUGCUGCUGUUGAUGCUGCUGUUUGA